GAAGUAAGAAGCAUCAAGCAUAGGCUGAAGCAGCAACCAAGGAGGAGUCUGAGUCUCAUCGCACUAACUCCGUUGCGGUUAGCCAUACCUCUAACUCAGCCUGUACACUAUCAAUAUCAUGAAGUAAAGUCUGUCCUCAGUUGCUUGUUCGCUAUCAGUGAAUCGGUAAUCGGUAUCACUAGAAGCUCUUUCCUUGAAUCGGUAUCCGUCUCCGCGUCCCUUACCCAAGUGUCGCAGCGCUUGUUCAGAAAGCAAAUUCUUAUCUUUCUUUCUUCUAGUCCCACUCCGGUCCAUGAACUCACUGAUGACCGUUUUCUUGCUGCCCUAAAUCAAAUAGGCAGGCACCAAAGAAUAUUAGCUCAAGCCUUUUUCGUCCCGCUGAAAGAAGGACCUGCCUUAGGGUUCGGUUCAGAAGGGAUCGGUUCUGUCGAUAGCACGCACUGGUUUUCUAAAGUUCAAUCCGGUCUGGUCUUUGUUCGGUCUCUAAGACAGCAGCAACUGCUGAUUAUUAGCUUGGCGGGGAACCAGGAAGAAAAGAGCUUUCGCGCUAGUCAGGGACUUAAGGGUGAAGGAUUGAUCAGUCUUUGCACUAUAGGGAUGCUUCAGAGAUCGAAGCAGAAGAAACAGAAGUUGGAGAAGAGAUUGAUUGAAGUUGCUGAAUUCGCAAAAGCGGAAAAACCCAAAUCCAUAUGA